AGAAGAAGACGAAGAACCCAUUCUUACGGUGGCUGCCUCUUACACCGCAAUCAUGGCGCCUCGGAAGAAAUCUAACGCGUUUCAGAGUGAGUUGCGAUCGUCGGCGUCGGUGGCGUCCACGGGCGGCCGAGUCUCCGAGCUGACCGAGAAUGCGAGCAACCGGGCCAUGGAAGCGCUGCGCACCAUGCAGCCGCCGGCCAAGGGCGGCUCUCCGGUCACCGACCUCGACAGGAGCCAGAUGCACGGGGUGCACGUGUGCGCCAUGCUGACCGCCUGCCUGGGCUCGUGCGUCGCCGGCACGACGCUGGGCUUCGCGUCGGUCGCCAUGUCUUCCAUCGAGCGCGAGCCCUGGUACAACCUGGCAGGCAGCGAGCCCGGCAACCAUUGGCUCGCCGACUCCCUGCUGCUGGGCGCCGCCGGUGGCGCCCUCUUCUCGGGAUUUCCACUCUGGAGCGUGGGAAGCCGGAAGACGAUACUGGCAUGCGCCGUGGGGCUGUCCGUUUCGUGGAUCGUGCUGGCAGCGUCCUUCAACCUGUUCGUGCUGUUCUUAGCGAGGGUAUCGUGCGGGCUGUGGCUCGGCAUCAUCACCAUCGGCGUGAGCCUGUACGUGGCCGAGGUGGCACCCGUCAAGAAGCGGGCCUUCUACACGGGACUCACUGAGGCGGCCACCUGUUUCGGCAUCGCGACGACGUACAUGCUGGAGGGCGUGUCGUGGCGAGUGCAGGCCGCGCUGUGGGCCACGGCGUCCCUGUCUCUGUUGGGCGUCGAGAGGUUCCUGGUCGAGAGCCCGCUCUGGCUUCGCGCCCGGGGCCGCCACCACGAGUCGGACGCCGCUGCCGCUCGCCUCUACGGCAUGGUCCGGCCGCCGGAGCUCAGGCGCGGCAGCAAGGCCGACGUAGGCGACGCCGCGAAGGCUCCCGUGCCGAACCGCGCGUUAGCCAGGCGUCUAUGCACGUGCCUGGCGCUGCACCUGCUGCAGGGGGCGACGUUGAUGCAGCUUUUCCUGUGCCGCGGGAUGCAGACCAUGGCGAGCGUGGUGGAUGAGGUAGCGGCGCCAUUGGCUGCCUUGCUCAUGACGGGCAUGCAGGCCGUUUUCGUCGUCGUAUUCGCCUCCCUGACGCGCAUUACGGGACGCCGACACCUGUUGUUCGUUUCCACGGCGCUGAUUGCCAUCUGCUUUGGCGGUUUCCAACCCUUCGAUCAUUUGAUAUUCCGCCAGUGGUCGCUACAGGGAGUGCAAUUCCAAACCAGUUGGAAGGCCGUGUACUCAGUGAAUCUCAUGGUGCUGAGCUACUCGGUCGGCCUGUGCCACCUGCCCUCCCUGCUUACCGCCGAGCUGUUCCCGGGUGCCGCACGUUUGCACUACGUUGGCGCGCCGGUGGUGUGGGCCGUGCGCUGGCUCCUCGCUUUCAUCGUACUCCACUACGGCCAGGAGCUGGUGACGUUCGCGCGCAAAGGGCACAUGGCCAUCGUGGCCGCUGCGGCACUGGUGGUGCUGUGCGGUGUCCUGGUCGCCAUCAUUCCCGAGACGGAGGACCGAACGCUGGCUGAGAUCGAGACACGCUUAUGAGUAGCGUCAGCUACUCAUACAGGCUAUCGUGACACCGGAGUCACGUGUUCGUGUUCAUAUUGCGGCUGUCGAUUCGUUCGCUUGAAAUAAGCUUCGCGUUCAACGAAA